AUGCCUGAAGACGUUGAACUAGAUGCUAUCGAGAGUUAUACACCCGGUUCUAGCCAUCGGGAUCCCGAGUCAAGCCCGUUGGCGUGGCUUUGCGUCUUCGGUUCAUUUUUGUUUCUGUACCCAUCCUAUGGUUUUAUGCAAACUGUCGGCACUGUCCAGUCCCAUCUCCAACAAAACCAGCUCAGCGCAUACUCUUCUAGCGACCUAGGAUGGAUCAUCGGAAUCUUCAUGUCACUAUGCUUGUUUCUCGGCAUACAAACAGGGCCUCUCAUGGACGCUUACGGCACGAAGUUCCUGGGACCUGUUUCCGUGGCACUAUACGUCCCAGUGUUCUUCGCUAUGGGGGAAUGCACGGAGUACUGGCAUUUCAUCCUCUGUCUUGGAGUGUUGGGAGGCACCGCUGUCGCUCUCACCGCAACCGUUGCGAUUGCUGCCGUCGGGAAAUUGUUCAACCGCCGCAAAGGACUUGCCAUGGGUGUGCUCUAUCCGGGUCUUCGUUUGGAGGUGUCACUAUAUCCUUGCUGCUGCGGUCGAUUCUGCCCCGGCUAG